AUGAGCCAGCCUCCGAACAGCUACUUCCAAAACGUCGAGACGCACGACGAGUACAACGAAGAGGGGCCCGAGAAGACCGGCACGCUUUCCAAGCAGUUUCAACCGAAAAAGUACAAAGAUGGAACGAAAUUGUGGAACGCCGAGCAGAACGACGAUGCGCAGACUUAUUCGUACACGCCGUUCAAGGCGGCCACACUGAACCGCACGCCGAAGCCGACGCGAGAAUCGGUGCACAGCGGCACGCUCAGACCGCCAAAGUCGCCGUUCCUCUACGCGACAGACGUGCCGCCGCCGCCGUCGGUUCCUUCGGUGCCGACGACUCCGCGGACGGCUCGUGCGGCUCGACCGGAAAGCGCCGCCGGGACCAUGACUCGAGAGCAGAAGAUGACGUGGGGGCGCCAGCAUCCACAACCACAUCCGGCCGGCGCUCACUUCCGAUCGGCGUCUGCGAUGAGCCACGGACGACAGCCGCGUGGGAGCGAGUUCGUGCCGCUCUCGUUGGCUUCUCCGCAGAUGCAUCCGCUCGCGCAACGGCACGCCUCGUAUCAGACUAUUCCGAGAGGCGAUCCGUAUCAAAUGGAGACGAUGCAUGCUUCUCCGUUUUAUACGCCAGGACCACCGCAGGUUUUUUUCCGCUUACCCGAUUCUAAAACAAGAAAGUUACAGAUGCUCGCUCACUCUCGUCCUUCAUCCGCCGUUCCGCCAAUGCACGCGGUGCCUAUGGGAGCAUUUGUGCCUCCGAUGCUCGAGCAGAAGCCGUCGCCACGCGCCGUCGCCACACAACUCGCCAUCCAAUCUCAAUACCUCAACUGGAACAUCAUCAGCAUUCUCUGCUGCUUCCAGGUGGUCGUGUGCAUCGGAAUCUUUUUCGUCGGCGUCCUCCGCAUCAUGUCGGGCUCUCUUUGGGCGAUCGGCAUCGAGAUCAUUUUUGCGACGUGCGCGCUGUUCCCGUCGCUCGUCGGAAUCUACGCGGUCAGAAAGGGCAGCUACUCGGCGGCUCUUUUCUGCUUCUCCACAAAUGCUCUUCAAACUGUGUUCGCGGUUGCUCCAUUCCUUAUUGGUAAGGGUUACCGUUUAAGCUUUAUUCAAAACAGUUGUUCAAAAAGCCUACUUUUGCGGUGUUUUGGUGUUGAAAAAGUGUUUUCCAGGCCUGUUCCCACUGUUCCCCUACAUUUUCCCGAAAGUCGACAGCAACCUUCUGGUGUCGCCGAACGAGCCGAUCUGGUUGGAUCUCGUGCUCAGUUUCCUCGUCCUCCUCCAGUCGAUCAUGGCGUUUUACAUGGCCGUGCAGGGCUGCAAAACGGGCGGAGCACUCAUGAGCACCGUCGACGAUAUCAAGUUGCACAACAACAUGAAGGCGGCGUUCGAAGACGGCACCGACGCCCUUCCGUUCAAAAACAUCUGA